CGAAGAAGAGAGAGAGCCAAUCAGGUCGCGAGCAGAGGCCUCUUGCCCAGGCAUGUCCAGAUCGUACACGUGCUGCAUAAGAAGAAAUGACUGCAAGGCUGGUGUCACCGGUUGACGAUGGCAGAGCCGUCGAAAAGGAAUAAAGCCGCAUCGUGGGGGCUUCUCAGCAACUACCGGUAUUUGUGCAAAAAAGCCAUGAUGCUUCAUGUCGUGGAGAACACGAGACCCAGGAAGAAAAAUCAGCAGAAGAUAAUCAUUGGCAACACGAAGAGGAAAAUGACAGACAUCCACAACGAACGGUUGAAUUCAAAUAAACUGGUCAAAAGAACUAAAUUUAGUGACCCAGACCAGGAAAGUCAAAGCACCCUGAACUCUGAAAACAAGAGCACUGGUGUAUCUAAACCUGGACUCUGUGUGUCUGAGCCUAAAGCUUCUGACCACUCUGGUUUGGUAACCGCCCUCAGAGACAGCUGGGAGGUGGACAGCGGUUUCUCCUCUGAGGCGAGUCCCCCGGCCAGCGGUCGGAGUUCACCGUGCCUCAGCUCGUGCUCCACCACAGUGGUGGCUUUGGACUGUGAGAUGGUGGGCACGGGGCCUGGCGGGCGCUGCAGUGAGCUCGCACGCUGCAGCAUCCUGGACUAUCGCGGCAACAUAUUGUAUGAUAAAUACGUCCAACCGUCCCAGCCCGUCACAGACUACAGGACUCGCUGGAGUGGCAUCCGAAGGCAUCACCUGCACAGCGCCAUGCCCUUCGCUCAGGCCAGGGAGGAGAUCCUCCGUGUACUUGAGGGCAAAGUAGUCGUCGGUCACGCCAUCUACAACGACUUCGAGGUGUUGGACAUGCUCCAUCCAGGUCACAUGGUGAGGGACACCAGUACAACGCGCCUCCUCAGCCGAUUGGCCGGUUUCCCCCGCGAACGCUGCGCUUCCCUCAAAAUCUUGGCCAGUAAGCUGCUGAACAGGAGAAUCCAGGUGGGGAGGAGAGGUCACUGUUCGGUGGAGGACGCUCAGGCCGCCCUCGACCUCUACAAGCUGGUGGAGGGCGAAUGGGAGCAGGAGCUGCAGAACAAGCUGAGGGACGACAACGCUCCACAAGAGCCCAGCUUCGCCUCCUCAAACCAUUACAUGCAGGACGAGUACUGGCCAGAUGAUGUCAUAGCUGACAGCCAAUGACAUGGGAGUAUUAGUCAUAUAUGACACAGACGCAUGUAGCGGGAAAUACCUCAACAGACCCCUAUUACGUGGCGAUGGACAGUACAAUAGAGCGGGUUCAGAUCACUAUAAAUUAUGUGAAUGAAAAACAUCUUGACAGUAUGUCAAGUGAAAAGUAAUGUAAGAAGUAACUAACUGUAUUUUGGGGGAAAUGUGAUGAGAGUAUCUGCGUUGUCUCUCGAAGACGUACUGUAUCACUGGGAAAAUAAUUUAAUUUUGAAAACACUUAACUAACUUAUUGGAUUUAACCAUGGUUGGAGUUCAUAACAGCAUUGUUGUGGCUGUGAUACCAGAUAUUUGUCUGCAGAGUUGUGACAGACCUUUUUAUGUUUAUAGCGUGACAUUGAUGCUCUUAGAGUUGGGGGUUGUUAACUUAUGCAGAGUUUAAAGUUCUCUAACUAUCUGCUCUUACUUGAAAAGUACAAUUUAAAUAUUAACAGGAACAUGGGACAUCUUAGGCCACAGAUACAACUAUUUUGGAAAACUGUGUUUCUCAGUUGAGUUUCUAUUUUUAAAUGUCUCUGUUCACAUGAGGACAUUCAAGUGGCUGCUAUGCGCACACUCAAAAGUGGAAUAAGUUGCAGCUUUUAAAAUGUUUUUCACCAUCUACCAGGCAAAAAGGAAAACAUUUUCAAACACUAUACUUGGGGCAAGAAGUUUUAAACUGUUGCAGUUAGCUCAACGUAUACGUGGCCUUAAAUGUUUUAUACUUUGUUGAAUUGUAAUGGUGGUAUUUCAUUACCUCUCAUUGUAAGCUGCUCUUAAUUGUCCUAAUAAAAUGGCAUCAUGUUAAAAUGAAA